AUGAGUGAGAAUAUGCAAAGAGUGUGUGUGUCUAUCUUAACAGUGAUGGUUUUGAUGCUAUCAAUUUCUAAAGUUACGAAAGGUAAUAAUGAUCAUGCGCCGGCUCCAAUGUCAGAGAAAGGGUUGCUGCCAAAUCCAAUAUCAUGUGUAGCGGACGCAAGAAAAAUUCCAGAUUGUGUAGAGGCAAUAAAACAGGGCCAUUUGAAAAUUAUAAAAAAAGAAUGUUGUAUCAUUCUACUCAGUCUUCCCGAAGAUUGUUUUGGGAUUUUAUUUCCUAUACGUUUCUACUAUCGUAUCAUACUUAAGAUUACAUGCAAAUUAAUUGGCAUCUUUUAA